AAUUCUCAAUAUUAUGACAGCUGACAACGCCUAACAUUGCUUGUACUUCAAACAGCCUCACAUAUUAGGCUUCUGCCAGUCCUAAAUUUCGCCAUGCGUUGUAGCGUGUGUCAAGUGGUUAAAUCGCCGCCAACAGUGCGAAAUGGCGUUCAAGAUCGAUGGCACAGCACCUCGCAGCGGACGCCACUCAUUGGGGUUCAGUUGCUCUUCAAGCUAUUCGAUCUCACAAAAACCGAAUUCCAAUCCGGAUUCCUAUGCGUCCUCUGUUUUGAUUUGAUAACACAGAUCGAAAGCUUGGAAUGUCAACUAAAAUCUCAGGUAGACCGUGGGAAAAGCCAAGGCUGCUUGGGGGUUAUUGACAACUUUGUUAGCUGCCACACAGAGGGUGAACCUUUGGAAACGCAUCCCGGAGAGGUUGACAAUGUCGAGAGUAACAUGAAUGAUUGGGGAAGUGAUGAAGGAAACAAUGAUGAUCUAAGUGGGGGGAAUGCGUCCGAAUCCGAUGUCGAAAUGAAGAGAGAGAUCGAUGAUAAAGCAGUUCACCCUUCCUUGUGGACCUCAGCCGAUUUGGUGAAGGGUGAUAAGGACAGUUCACCAAUAUCCGGUGCCGCUCAAAGCACUACUGGAGAAUCGAACACCCGAGAAGAUAACCUGGACUUUGAUGUGACUUCGCACAAGUCCCGCUCUGGCAAAGCUGUGAUCUUGUAUAAAGGCUACAAGUAUGUCUUGAGCCCGGGACGAGGAGCCCGAUGGAAGCCGACGAAGCCUACUCGGGAUUGGCGAUGUUCACAGAUGAAAUGUGGAGCCAGAUUGACCACAUUCCAGAAUGAUUCGUGUGUCCUCAAAGACACGGUGAAAGCCCACGACCAUCCCCGGAGUCGGAAUUUCAAUCUCCAAGAGAGUAAUCUUGACUUCAAUUUGUCGUUGGGACGGAAUAGUCGGGAGAAUGAUUCUCUCACUUAUGGCGGAUACAAAUAUCGACCUUCUCAACUGGGAAAAGCCAUAUAUAAAGAUCGUGAGACGAUGGGGGCCUGGAAAUGUCGUUUUUCUAAUUGUCGAGGUCGCUUGGUCACUUUUAUGGACAACCAAUGUGUUUUAAAAGACACCGUCACGGAACACGACCAUCCUCCAAUCAAGAAGAAGCUCCUUCUCUACGAGGAGUUUCAGGAUACCAUCCGCAAGAUCAUUUCCGACCAUCCGGAAAUGCCUCCGGAUGUUGUGUUUUCUUCGGCCCAAUUACUUUGUCCUCACAUUCCAAUUGUCAAGACCGCGCCUUUAAGAGAGUUCAUUCGCAGGAUCCAAGCCAAAAAACAGAAGUCGCAGCCGACGGAAAAGAGCCGAUCAAUUGCCCAAUAGAAGCCA